AUGUACCCCUUUUUCAAAUACAGCCCCGCGAACCACUACUUCGAGUACGGCUGGUACAACUUCGAGCUCCUCCGGCUGCUCGGCUCCGCCCCCCACGGCGGGUGCGACGUGGCCGAGUUCCUCGAGGCCGUCACCCAGCUGCGGCCCAACGACGCCCUCUCCUGGCAGCGCACCUUUCUCCACCAAGCCGAAAAGGUCGAACUGCUCGCGCUCGACGCGCGGGCGCACGGCCACGCCGCCGCGGCCCGCAACGCCUUCCUCCGCGCGAGCAACUACUUCCGCGCGGCGCAAUACCUCCACCCCGCCGCGCCCGCGGCCGAGCGCCCGCACCUGCUCGCCGUCUACGAGCGCAGCACCGCGUGCUUCGAGGCCGCCACGCGGCUCUUCCCCCACCGCCCGCGGCAGGUUGCGAUCCCGUACGAGACGGAGCGGGGCAGGCGGGUCGGCCUGCCCGGGUGGCUGUACCUGCCGGCACCCUCGCAGCGCCUCCCGGACCGCCAGACCCCCGUGCUCAUCUGCGUCGGCGGCGCCGACUCGACGCAGGAGGAGCUCUACUUCCUGUCCGUGGCCGAGGGUCCCGCGCUCGGGUACGCGGUCCUGACCUUCGACGGGCCGGGCCAGGGGCUCGUGCUGCGGCGGGACGGGCUGCCCAUGCGGCCGGACUGGGAGUCCGUCUGCGGGCCCGUGCUCGAUUUCCUGCGCGCGUACGCCGCCGCGCAUCCGGACAUCGGCCUCGACGUCGACGCCGUCGUCUUGACGGGUCAGUCGCUGGGUGGGUACCUGGCGCUGCGCGGGGCCGCGGACCCGCGCGUCAAGGCGUGCGUGGCCGUCGAUUCCUUCUACGACAUGUGGGAUCUGGCCAAUGCGCGCAUGCCGGGUUGGAUGGUGCGUCCGUGGCUGGGCGGGUGGAUGGGCGACUGGUUCAUCGACUGGGCGGUGCACCGGCACGGCGAGGCGGACGUGGCGACGCGGUACCAGUUUGCGCUCGCGCAGGGCAUGUUCGGAUGUGCGAGCCCGUGCGACACCCUGCGGGAGAUGAUGCGGUAUACGUUCAAGUUGCCGAGUCGGAAGGGCGAGGAUGAGGUUGGGAAGGAUUACCUGGCGCGGAUCAAGUGCCCUGUUUUGAUCUCCGGGGCUGCAGCCGAUCCAAAGUCGUUCCUUCCGGAGCUGAGCACGGAUCUCUUGUGUGACAAUCUGGUUAAUGUGAAGGAGGAAGACAAGGAAGUGUGGAUUGCCAAGGCGUGGUCGGACGGUGGUUUGCAGGCAAAGUGUGGUGCAUGGAGCCUGCUACAGUAUAGAACAUUUCGGUUCUUAGACGAGAAACUAGGCAUUGUGAGAGCAGCCGCAGAUGAGGGAAAUACAGUCUGA